AUGAUGAAGCUGCGCAGAAAAAGAUUGCAGCAGCUGCAAAGAAGAAAGAAGACAAGGAAAAGAAGGAGUCUGGCGGCGCUGCCGGCGAUGCAGAGGCGGAGAAAGGCCAGCGCUUCUGAGCACUUUGCGGCCCUUCGUUCGAGAGGCAAAGUGUUGGAGUGUUGGAGAGAAAAGUGUAAUGUUUUCAUGCUUUACUUUCCAUGUCAAACCACACCAAGCAUCAAGCGUCAGUUCACUCAGACGGGGCCCCUGCUUGUUCGCCUCCUUGACUCCUUGCGCCAUCGGCACGCGCCGCCGUCGCGUGGGUCAUUCGUGUGGGGCCCAGGCGGCCUGGGGAGAGCUGCUGAAUCUGCUGAAGCCGGACGGACGGAGGGAGGAGUUCGACUCGACUCAACGGCGUCGACGGCCAUGGCACAGGCACAGCCACAGCUCAGUUUCCUGUUGGCCGAAUUCCAGACGAAGCUGGAGCCGUACCGGCUGGCUUUCUGUCUCCGCUGCUGUGGUGGCUGCCGGGCUGAGGCUCAGGUGUUUCAGCUCACUGCAGCCUUCCUGAUGGAAUCGGAGAAGACCUGCCAGGAGUGCUGGAUGGAGUUCCAGCAUCGGUGCGCAAUAAUGAUGAAGGAACACAUCGGCACCGUCUGCCAAGAUGUCGUGCGCCGUGGGACGAUUUGCGACCUCGAAGGGUAUGAGCCUGGACGCGUGUUUGGGAUGCUCUGGGAGUGUUUGAAUCAAAGGCAAUCGGACCGAUGCCAAAAACUUCUCUGCCUCCUGCGCCAGCAUGGUCUGGAGAAAGCGGUCGCUGAUCUCGGGGACUUCGUGUCCAAAGAGCUGAGAAACACGAGGACGCAUGCCAACAAGUGGAUCGUGAGGGUCUUGGACAAUCUUGACAAGGAGGGCCGAGGAGGGAGCAGUCGGAGUCGGAGACUUCGAGUCUGA